AUGGACAAAUUACGGCGGGAUGAUGUUACUGCUGAUUUCUUUGGUCCCAACGACGAGGUGGCGUCGGCUCCGCCCGGCAGGGUUGCCAUUGCCAAAGACAAUGCCAGGCUCUUCGUCGGGAACGUCAUCAACAAUCAUGCCGAACCAUCUCGCCAUGACACAUUUGCCAUCGAUUCCGAACGGUCGUCCCUUAUGACCACAUCCGGGCUCGACCCAAUUACGUUGACAGCAAAGGUUUUCGAAGCCGCAACCCCGGUCGCCAGCGCCCUGCGAUCAUGUCAGAAGCAGGCUGCGCGGUUCAAGAUUGCUGCCCUGUCCAUUGCAUUGCUGCACACGGAGUGCGCGGCCAUCCGGACCACUCUUAUCCAGAUCAAGUCUCUGCUGUCGCGAGACGGGCAAAAGCCUCUCACAAUCGAGGCGGAGAGGAUCAUCCUGGAGGACUAUUAUGGGGUGCUCGAGUUUAGCUGGCUCCUGUUUAAUGUCAUCCUAAAACAUCUGCGGAACCUUGGCCUCACCCAGUUGGAGGGGGUGAGCAAAGAUGACUUUACAGCCAAGAUGGAGAAGUUGUGGGAGUAUCGGGAAAUGGAUGGAAUCAUCCAGGUUCUCGGCCGUCAAGCUCGAGCGGUCGAUCUCUUUCAUAUGGCUCUUCAAUCCGAGACUGAGCAGGAAAUUUCCACAAUCAUGAAAAGCCCGGAAGCAAAGCAGGUCAUUGCAAGCAUCUCUGGCGAUACAAUAUCGCUGCAUGAGUCUUUUUGUGCAGCGCCUGAUGGCGCAUCCGGCAUGGAAACUGCAUCUGUGACUGGCGGGCGAGAGCGUAAUUUUAAUCAAAUUCUAAAAUGCACCGCACUUUACCAGAGAGCAUCCAUGGCAGCCCGGCAAGACUUACUAUUCCAGCACCACCGCUUGUCUUACAAUGUGAGUACAGGAGAAGCUGCGCCAUCUCAUACCGAGUCGACAUCGGACCCGAGAAUGCGUCCAACGGUACCAAUCUCUGUCUACAAAGACAAGACGGAAGCCGAUUCACCAGUAGAACCAUCGCGAUGGAAAAUGGCAUUUGAUCAAACUACUCCUGCCAACGAAAGCUUAGACCAUUACAAAGUAGCCAAAAGACCGCCAACCUUGUUCGAAAUUCUUUCCCGGAGAACGACGAAGCCAUACUCGUUAAUCGAAUUCUACGUAUAUAUGAGAGACGUACAACUAUCUGUUGACUAUCUCGACUUCUGGCUGGAUGUUGAGCAACACUUGGCUCUCUGUCGACACUACGUGAGAGAGUUUCGAAGGUCCGUAGCAGUCAGCAAGGCCGACUCGAUCGACUCCUAUGAACGCAUAACGGUACAAUCUGCGGACGACAACGGCAAGACGCACGCCGGAAGUGACGUGGCGUCGGAGCCGAACAGCACUGUGGCAAGACAAGACAUCCGAGCGUCCGCCGAGAAGAUCCUCUACACGUUCCUGCUCCCCGGAGCGGAGCGCGAAAUUAUCCUGCCCAGCUCUAUUACCCAGGCCGUGACCACCACAAUAGAGGAAGACGGUAGGGACGACCCCGAGGUGUUUGACGCCGCCAAGGAUUAUGUCUUCCACGCCAUGGAGAGAGAUGCGUUCCCAGGCUUUGUGAAUCUGAGCAAGCCGCUGUUUAGGAUUUUUAGGAGGUCGGGAACGCUGGGCUCAUUGGUGAAUAGGUUGUCCGCCGUUAGCCCCGAGCCGCAGGCGGUGCAGUCGUUGCAUGAUGAGGGUCUCCGACCUUUGCGUGGAAAUAUUCAGCCAAUACAGGGGCAGAUACCAACAAAUACGACGUCGACGAUCCGAAGGAAAAGGCGCGGCAAGGUCAACAAUGCAUACGUUGUAAAAGGACAUGGCUGCAACGGCGUGGUCAGGCUGCUGCUUGAGAAGGGCAUCUCGGUGGACGCUAAGGACGAGUGGUUGGGCCGGACGCCGCUAUCGUGGGCCGCAGGCAACGGACACGUGGCCGUGGUUAAGCAGCUGCUCGAGAAGGGCGCCAUCGUGGACACCAAGGACAAGACUGGCCAGACGCCGCUAUGGCUGGCGGCCGGCAACGGGCACGAGGCCGUGGUCAGGAUGCUUAUCGGGAAUGGCGCCGCCGUGGACGCCAAGGACGAGUGGUUCGGCGGCAGGACGCCGUUAUCGUGGGCCGCCCGCAACGGGCACGAGGUCGUGGUCAGAAUGCUGAUUGAGAAGGGUGCAGCUGUCGACGUCGAGGACGAGAACGGCUGGGCGGCACUGAGGUGGGCUGCCACGAUCGAGCACGAGACUGUGGCCAGGCUGCUGAUCGAGAAGAGCGCUGUGGGCCUCGGUAACCAUUCAAGUGAGGUAAAUAUCCUGUCACGUCGCCAAUGA